CUGUAGGUGGCGGUGAUGUGUAAAACAGAAGAAAAACUGCCAACCGCACUAGGAAGGAAGAAGAAUGUUCAUGGCGAUGGAGCAAAGUUAGCUAUUUUGGGUUUGUUUUUCAUGGUUUUGGGGUAGUUUUUAAGCUACUAUAGUUGUCUAAUUAGCUGUUUUAGAGCAGACGCAGACAGACAUGUUCCGCUGCAUGCUAAGUCUGGCUGAGCAGCGUUGGCAAUGUUCAGUCCGCUGUAUGAGUUCUGCAGCCAGGAGGAAAAGAGCUCUGCGCAGUGCCUUCCAGGUCCUGGAGCAACCCCUCCAGCCCAUCCACCAACAUGUGUAUGAAGCUAACCUCCGAAACAGCAUCGCCUGCCGCAACAAGUACAUAGAGUUGAGUGAAAAGGUACGGAAAGGUGGAGGGGAAAAUGCCAUUGCUAGACACACUCAGAGAAAUAGGAAGUUGAUGGUCAGGGAACGGCUGCGCCUCCUGUUGGAUGAUGAGGACUUCCUGGAGCUGUCGCCAUUCGCUGGGCUGGGUCUGCCAUAUGGGGACAUCCCUUCAGCCGGAUGCCUGACUGGCGUUGGCAGGAUCAAUGGCCUGUGGUGUAUGUUCAUUGCCAACGAUGCCACAGUCAAAGGUGGCACAGCGUAUCCAAUCACAGUGAAGAAGCAGCUACGAGCACAGGAAAUAGCAAUUCAGAAUCGCCUGCCUUGUGUUUACCUGGUCGACUCGGGAGGAGCUUUUCUACCACUGCAGUCAGAGAUCUUUCCUGAUAAGAACCAGGGAGGAAGGACGUUCUAUAACGAAGCCAUCAUGUCUGCCAUGAAAAUCGCACAGAAACUACUAACAAUCUUAAAGGUGUCGGUGGUGUGUGGGUCAUGCACGGCGGGUGGUGCUUACAUCCCCACCAUGGCAGAAGAGGCAGUGAUGGUGCACCGGAUAGGGACCAUAUUCCUGGGAGGACCGCCACUUGUCAAGGCCGCCACGGGAGAGGAAGUCACAGCAGAAGACCUGGGAGGAGCCAGGCUUCACGCUGAGGUGAGUGGCUGUGUGGACCAUUUUGCCUGGGAAGAAAAGGAGGCGUACGAUUACACCAGAAACAUCGUUUCCACCCUCAACUUCCAACUACCCGAGGAGGAGGAUGAGGAGAGGAAGAGGAAAGCUGAGGAGCAGCCGCUGUAUAGUUCAGAGGAGCUUCUGGGGCUCGCUCCUAAAAGUUACAACUACAGUCUGGAUGUUAAGAUGGUAAUCAGUCGGCUGACAGACGGGAGCCGCUUCCAGGAGUUUAAAGCUCUCUAUGGAACCACACUCAUCACUGGCUUUGCAAAGAUACAUGGACACUUAGUGGGAAUAGUAGCCAACGACGGAGAGCUGUCAUACCCGGCCACACUCAAAGGAAGCCAUUUUGUCCAGUUGUGUGACCAGAGAGACAUCCCCCUUCUCUUCCUCCAGAACACAGCACCCACAACAGCUCUAACACUCUCCACAACACAGGCAGAGAUGAACACUAACCAUCUGAAGGCUCAGGGUUCAAUGAUGUCAGCAGUAGCGUGUGCCUCCGUCCCCAAAAUCACAGUGGUGAUUGGUGGUUGCCAUGGUGCGGACAGCUUCGCCAUGUGUGGGCGAGCUUUUGACCCUAAUUUCCUGUUCCUGUGGCCCAAUGCCAGAGUGUCGAUUACUGCUCCGGGUCACGCCGGCUCUCUGCUUCCCCCUGACAGCGAGCAGGUGGAGGAAGAGAAGAAGACGCAGGAGGAGGACAAGUUAAAUAGGAGACUGAAGGAGGAGAGCUCAGCUUUCUUCUCCUCCAGCAGGCUCUGGGACGAUGGAGUCAUUCUGCCUCAGGACACCAGGAAGGUUCUAAGAGACUGCCUGGACAUCAUCAAACAGCAGCAGUAUCAGAUGUCCACAGAGAAACUGCAGCCACCACUUCUACGUAUAUAGAAGCUUCCAUUCUUUUCCUCCUUAUGUCCUCUGGACACCACAAACAUCUGUCCAUCUUUGAGAUUAAACUGCUGCUGAAGCCCAUUGAUCAUCUUUUCCAAUGCGUGCACUACAAUAAUCUGUGUCUGUAUGUCUGGCCAUGCUAACAUUUUUGCAUACAGUAUACAUUAGUAGUCGUAGGUAACGAGAAUUAUCCCAACAAUCUCUUAAAAAGAUGCAUCGACCAGCAGCUAACAGUCUGUGUGCAAGGGAAUAUUAAUUUAGAUAGAUUUUUAAUCAAUUUUAAAUUAUGCUUAAUCCCUUCAUAAUUAAUCUAUUUUAUUAAAUGUCAUAUUAUAGGUAUAUCUUACUGCAUCUUUUAACUCCUGUUAAUAUUAUUCUAUUUCAGUACUUUCCUGGUUAUAUAAGAUUAUUUUGUUUUAUUACACAGGUCAUAAUACAUCACUCAGUAAAGGUUUUAUCGUCAUACUUUGAAUAACACAAAUCAACUACGGUUGCUGCACAUACUGAAUGCAAAUGUGUCAGCAUGGACCCUGUACAGAAAUAUUAAGCAGAUGAUUUUAUUGCCUAUCCUCUGAUAAAUGGUGGUAGAAACCUUCAAAGGUCCCACGAAAUGUGAUUACCUCAUUAAACCUGCAUUCAUGUUUGUCCACUUGGGGGCAGCACAAGACAUCACAUGAACAGUUUUCAGGAGAUACUGAGCAUUAUGCCCAUGUGGCUGCUGUUGGUGUUUAUAAUUUAAUGUUUCUCAUUUUUGCACAUAACAGUUGUCUUGGCAUGUUUUUUUCUCUCUUCUAGGAGAUGAAAGAUUAAACUCUGCACUCAUAAAAGCAACUCGUAUCAGCGUUGAUAUGUAGCAUUAAUUUUACAGUCAUUGUCAAACAACUGUAACCAGUAAUCUAAUUACAAAACGUGAAACGAUCAGUCAUGUAAUUGUUUUUAUUUGAUUAAAACAAAAAUGUAAAUAGCGUUUUACAAUACAUGUUGCAAAAAUACUUUUUGUAUUUAAUUGUUGCCCUCACUUUAGAAGAGGGGUUUUACAAAUAUGCAGGUGCUAUAUUAAUUAUAAAAUAAAACAUUUUCAAUGGA